CUUUAUGACAACUCCGUUGAUUAAAAGUGUCAAAUAUUGUAAAUGAAUCCAAAUCAAGAAUUUCCAAUUCUGGGACACGGCGAUGUUCAGAAGAAAAUUCUGGAAUAUAUCCCGAAACCGCGACCUAAUGAGGAUCACCUAGGUCCUUUUAAUAAAUACAACGAUGAAAAUCACCAAAUUUACUUGGUGAAAAAACGACAGUUCUUGGAAGCUACUAGAAAGUACCAAAAGAUGACUCAAGAAACCUAUACCUGUUUCAAAACUCGAUUGCAUAACGAUUAUAUGUCGAAUUUGAAUUUGGAUUUUCUAAACGACGAUACUGAUAUAGCUAGUACAGUAGAUAGCAAUGAACAAAUUGUAAAUGGAAAAUUACUGAGAAAACGCACAGAAAGACCUAUACACGAAGUACCUGUAGAGGACCAAACGCUUUGCAACUUAGACACCUGGUUCAGAAAAUAUUUGAUCAUCAACAAACUAAUCUGGGCCGCUAGAACAGUCGUUUUAAAAAACAGACUACUGAAAAACUUGGAAAAAUUAAAGAAAUUAAAUACCGAAACUGUCAAAGAAUUCGAACAAAUUCCCAAAUUCUAUUUUGGAAGUUACAAGGAGAUUUUUGCUAAAUUUAUUUAAAUAUUUAUCGCAAACAAAAAUUAAAUAAAACAAAGUUACAAAAUAGGAGCGACCGUUUCUUUUCGGAAAACAACUACUCCCUUGGCUAAUACCGCAACAGGUAUUGAAUUACACCCAAAGGAAAGACAGUAGACACUUUUUCAAAAUAAACUGUGGGUCUUAUUAAAAAAAAAUAGAUUAAUCAAUUAACCUUACUUUUUAAUUAAAAAUAUACAUUCUGAAAAUCCUUUCAAUAUUAUAAUAAUAAUAAAUAAUAAUUAUUAAGAAAGCUAACGCAUUUUUUUAAACCUGAAAAAGUUAAAGCUGUUUUUCUUUCGAAAAACUUCUGAACACAUGUUACGCUUAUCCUAAAUUAUAUAUCUAAAUCAUCAUCAGGAUCUUCCUCGUCCCAAUCGUCCACUUCGUCAAACUGGUAGAAAAUCUUACCAGAAUCUUGAUCAUUUUGAUUUUCUG